UCUUUUUUUUUGCGGUGCACCUGUCGGUUAUCUCCUGCUCACGUUUGCGGCGGUAUCCUGCAGAGUUACAGCCAAACCUACAAAUUUGACUCGGAUCGGAUUGGGAGAAUUUUUCGUCGCCCCGGCGGCCGCUCCAUAUAGUUGCAGCGAUCUCAUAUGAAGUCCUCGAAUCAAACAAGCCAAGAGAGAGGAAGCCAAGGGGCAAGGCUGGUAAUCAAAGAGGGGAAAGUCAAGGCAGAUUCUCAAGACAUAGAUGGGAUCUGUAUUCUCUUCCGUUGCCGCAGAGGACAGAGAGCGAUCAGAAGAAGAGCGAGAUGCCUCCGUCAUUCACCAUGCUCGUUGUGCCCUCCUCCACUACAACUCCAAGAACCCGGGUGCUGAGUUCGACCUUGUCAAACCUUUGAUGAACAUGGCCGUCAUAUUCAGAGGCGAGACAUGGCACCACGUCAGCUUUUGGGCUCGCAGGAGGGGCGCUCCGCCUGAGACCCCCGUGCGGCAAUUCUUCGGGGAGCUGCGCUACAAGUACAUCUGUGGCGAUGAUGACAAGGCUGUCGAAAUACAGGGCUGCCGAGUGGUUGUCGAGACAUGCGCUAUCGUCAAUAAGAUAUCUACAUUUCAGACGCAGCCACCCACCCGCAAGAAAAAGAAACCUCGCAGGAGUGUGUGUAUACUUUGCCCCCGUAGCUUUGAGAUCAUUCAUCCCAAAAAGGGGAAAUUCAUUUGCGGAAAGGAAGAAGGACACGAGAAGGAGUUUAUCCGGUUGAACAAUAUGCUUGAGAAGCCAUUCACAUGUACAGCCUAGCUAACCAUGAUCUUCAAUCCAUCCAAAGCACCUGUACUAACGUGUCGAUGUAUCAUUAGCAACCAAAAAAAUACCGUGAUCACAUUCAAACUUUGUAAUUUUGUCCCUCUUUAGUGCUUCUAUUCAUACGCUAGUAAAUAUUCCGAUGAUAAAAUAACGUUUUGUUGGAAUUA